UCUAGGAGGGAGAAAUGGAUGGUGGGGUCGGUCAGGGAAGCACUUCAGGCUUGAUGGACACGCUUUUAGAACAAUUUAGUGAUAAUCAGUACCCAAACCAAGUACAUAAUUCUUCAUUGAUGCUCUUACAAGCUGAUCAUAAUAACCCUAGCAAAAAUGAAACAGUUAGAAACCCUAGUGGCUACUUGAUGGACAUAAACAACAGCAGUACUGAUGGAGGAAUCAGCAACAGCUCUUCUUCUUCGACGUUGGUGAAAACAAAGAUCAUGUCUCAUCCCCAUUACAACCGUCUCGUCGCAGCUUAUAUCAGCUGCCAAAAGAUAGGAGCACCACCGGAAGUUGUGGCGCGGCUGGAGGAAAUUAAUGCAUCACUAGUGGCAAUGGGUGGUGGAAAGGCACCGAUUGGGGAUGAUCCGGCGUUGGAUCAAUUCAUGGAAGCAUAUUGUGAGAUGCUGACAAAGUAUGAGCAAGAACUCUGUAAGACCUUCACAGAAGCUGUGCUUUCCUUGUCCAGAAUCGAGUCUCAAUUCCAAGCACUUUCCUCCUCAGAUUCUGCAUCUGUUGAGGACAAUGGCAUGCAUAAUAAUCUCGCAGACCCUCAAGCAGAGGAUGAGGAGUUAAAGAGUCAGCUUCUACGCAAGUACAGUGGUGGAUAUCUUGAAAAUCUUAAGCAGGAGUUUACGAAGAAAAGAAAGAAAGGGAAGUUGCCUAACGAAGCUCGACAACAGCUGUUGCAAUGGUGGACCAGAAAUUACAAAUGGCCAUAUCCAUCGGAGUCACAGAAGCUAGCCCUGGGACAAGCAACUGGUUUGGAUCAGAAGCAAAUAAACAACUGGUUCAUAAAUCAAAGAAAACGACAUUGGAGGCCAUUAGAGGACAUGCAAUUUAUGGUUAUGAAUGCUGCACAUCCUCAUCAUUAUUAUAUGAACAAUGUUGCUGCAAAUCCUAUUCAGAUGGAUAUAUCUUCUCCAUUCCUCUGAAUGUUUUAGCAUGGGCAGAAUAUUGACCGCAGAA